AUGCAGCGGGCCAGCAGGAUUCUUGCGGCGCCCUUCAAGAGUGUGCUGCGCCGUCACAAGUACCACCCGGAGGGCCUCCCCCUCUACAAUGAGAUGUCGAAGCAGUGGAUGUGUCGUGAAGGGGAGCGCUGGUGGAUUCUCGACGCAAAGGGCGAGCAGCUACCGCGCGUGGCGGCCGUUGCGGCGCAGUACAUCACGGGCCAACACCGACCGGACUUCACGCCCGGCAUGAUAGCGGGGGACCACGUCAUCAUCGUGAACAUCAAGGACGUCGUCAUGGUGGGUGACCAAUGGAUACGCGUGCCCAUCACGUGGCAAACAGCCUACCCGGGUGGGAAGUACCGCAUUCGACUCACCGAUAUGUACGAACGGGACCCGUGCAUGCUGAUGUGGUGGUUCCUGAAGGAUGAGGUCAACCGUCAUUUUGUGCGCAAGCUCAAGACGCGUGUCGCGCCGUUGGAGAAGGCGUGGCUGUAUGAAGACAGCGUACACCCGCACGUGGACAAGAACCCACGGCCGCUCUGCUGGACGGAUCCGGAGGUUAGGGGGUGGAAGUAUAGGGAUCGGCAGUUCAUUCGGCGCUGGAAGCCCAACGAAUUCAUCACGUAG